UUCUCAGAUCGCUCUCAAGUUUCGUCGGCUUCCUAGGUACUCUCCAUCUUCUUGUAUCUCUGUCUACGAGUUAAUUGUCGAACUUCGUUAGGUUUCCGAGAGAGAGUGAGAUGGAGCUGAAAUUGCCUAAUGUCUUGGUGUUUUUGUUGCGUGCAGUAGAGAAUGAUGAAGUUGCAAACAUAUGCGGGGAUUAGUUUUAUUGCAACCAUAGUGGUUAUCUAUCAUGCCUUCAACAGUAGAGGGCAGUUCUACCCAGCAUUGGUCUAUUUAUCGACUUCCAAGAUAAAUUUAGUGCUUCUUCUCAAUAUGGGUUUAGUGAUCAUGUGCAUCUUGUGGCAGCUAACAAAAAAAAUAUUUCUGGGUUCUCUUAGAGAAGCAGAAGUUGAGAGGCUCAACGAGCAAUCAUGGAAGGAGUUGAUGGAAAUCCUCUUUGCCAUCACUAUUUUCCGGCAAGACUUUUCUGUUGCAUUCCUGGGUAUGGUUACGGCUUUGUUGUUGAUCAAAGCUCUGCAUUGGCUGGCUCAGAAGAGAGUUGAAUACAUGGAAACCACUCCAUCGGUGCCUUUGUUGUCCCAUAUCCGGAUUGUUUCUUUCUUAGGCUUCCUCUUUGUUCUAGAUAGUCUGUUUUUUUAUAAUUCGAUAGAAUCUCUGAUACAGACAAGGAAGGCCUCGGUUUCCCUCUUCUUUUCAUUUGAGUAUAUGAUUCUUGCAACAACAGCUGUGUCAACAUUUGUGAAAUAUAUUUUCUAUGUCAGUGAUGUGCUCAUGGAGGGACAAUGGGAAAGGAAACCCGUCUAUACAUUUUACUUGGAACUUAUACGAGACUUACUUCAUUUGUCGAUGUACUUGUGUUUCUUUCUUGUGAUUUUCAUGACUUAUGGUGUGCCUUUGCACUUGAUCCGGGAGCUUUAUGAGAUCUUUAGGAAUUUUAGGAUUCGCAUUGCAGAUUACAUCCGUUACAGAAAGAUUACUUCAAAUAUGAAUGAUCGUUUUCCAGAUGCAACGCCCGAGGAACUCAAUUCAAGUGAUGCAACAUGCAUUAUUUGUCGUGAAGAGAUGACAGUUGCAAAGAAACUAGUAUGCGGACAUCUUUUUCAUGUCCACUGCCUCCGAUCCUGGUUGGAGCGACAACAUACUUGUCCCACUUGCAGAGCUCUUGUUGUACCACCUGAAGGUUCAAGCACAGCAGGCGGUCAUCAUGGAGUGCAGUCUGAUGCUAACCAACAAGGAACAGGAACCACAAGUUCAUCUGCACAAGGUACAAGUGGUACGGGCGUUACUAAUGAUAAUUUGAGUCAUCAUCAGGCUAGAGUCCGUGCUGCUGCCGCUGCUGCUUCAAUAUAUGAGAAAUCAUAUGUUUAUCCUUGUCCGAGCACAUUAGUAUGGUCUCUUGGAUAUGCAGUAGUUCCUCAGGUUGAAAGACCUUUGCCUGACUCCGACAAUACAGAAACAAAUGGAGAACAAACUCCCAAUGGACAUCCACAAUACUUCUCAUUUCCUAGCGGCCCUUCAAACCUGUCCUUCACUCAAUUUCCCCAAAAUCUCUUUGUUCCUUUUCAGCCACGAGAGGGCACUGGAAACAAUACAGAUGAAUUGGGCAGUAGUCUAAAUGUAUCAGGCUCACAGCUUGAAGCUCAAGAAAAAUUUCUUCAACAGAUUGAGAUCCUUCAGAAUCAACUGCAACUUCUCCGUAGACCAAAAGUUGAGGAAAGUUCAAGAGCAGGCGAGGCAGAUAAGAAAGGGAAAAGUUUAGCAACCUCAUCAUCACCGUUGCCGUCAUCAUCUUCAUUAGAUUCUCAUCCAUCCGGAGAAACCGAAAGAGCGGCAAUAUAGAACAAAUGUGCAUAAUUAUAUUGUGUAAUAAUACAAGACUGCAGAUUCACACAAUGACAUAGAUGUGUCUAUUGUAUACGGAAGAUGUACUUGGUAAAUUUUUAGAAGCAGUCUUCUUUCCCUUUGCCAUAUUGGUUGGUUCGCUGUAAAUGCUGAAUUUGAUCUCUUUUGAAGCAGAAUAUGAGGCGGUCAAAAAAGAAUAUUGAAAGUUUUUUGUUUUU